AUGUCCGGACCGCUCUUUAGUGGCUUUCGCGCGCCGACUUCCUUCUCAGCCCAUCGCGCAAACCGUGACGCUCCAGACUCGAUGGAACCCUACCGCAUCCCACAGCAUCGACUACCCUCCGCACCCCCUCCCACUCCAAUCACUGGGCAGCGUCCAGCACUACUAGCCCUCUCCUCCUCUAUCGUCGCGCCAGGCGCCUUAACGGCGCCAGUACGCAGUCGGAUGGCAGGGCAGGCAGCGGCCCGCGGCAUCUCGAUUGACGUGGCACUAGGCCGCGGCCGCACCCCAACGAGCGCGGGCUUUCCCCGCGCCCGAGGCCUCACUGUCGCCCUCCUAACUGGGGGCGGGGAACUGUACGCCGAAAGUGCGCCGGUUACUCCCAACGCCGGACUCAAGACCUCUACGCCGGCCGCCGGCGCUCUGGAACUCGUCUCGUCCCCUGGACUCCCGCUCACCACACCAGCUCUUACGCCGCGGCAGGAAAAGAUCCUAUGUCGGUACUACCACACGGCGGGUAUGACUUGUACCUCGUCUCCAUGCCGGUUCGUGCACAAAAUUGAGGUACCCCCAGGUCCAGCGACGGCUGCACUCAGUGCCGUACCCCUUUUGUCCGAGAACACGCCCGACCCGACGAGCGGUACCUUUGCCGCUGCACAGGACAGCGCGCUUGCACUCUCCAAUCCUGUCCAACCUGCCCAACCUGCGCCCUCCCAACCCGCCCAACCCUCUCAGUCCGCCCAGCAAGCCCAGCCAGCGCUGCUCCAAAUCGACGGCGGCGUGCAGAUCACCCCAGGCGAGCCGGUUACCCUGCAGACUCAAGCUGGGGCCGAGCUCGGCUUUGUCUAUAAGAUGAGCGGCGGGGGAAAGGGGCCAGCCGGUAAGAGUCGGCUCAAGUACCGUACUGUGCCGUGUAAGGACUUUGCACUCGGCACCUGUGCAUACGGCGACGAAUACUGCUCGUUCAUCCACGACUCUGAGAACCUAUUUGACGAGGAGAGGCACGGUAAGAAGGAGCUGCCGACACCCAAGAGCGCCAAAUUCAAGUCGCACCGUAAAAAGCCCGAGUCGCCCCCCGCAGACGCGAUACUCACCCCUCCCUUGGACGGACAGGACGUGGUGGUGCCCUUGUCCUCCCUCCCCGCUCCGCGACUUGCUCCUCCACCUCGCCGCCGCUUAAAUGCUGCCUCGGAAGUCCGGUUCGUUCCUCAAGAUGGGUGGGCGACCCAAGAACGCGCUUUACUCCAAGUUCACACUGAUAUCCCACCGACCCUCGACGAAGACUUCCCCCCCAACAUGGGAUAUCCGUGGUCCCCUGAGUGGCCCGGAGCGGUAUGGCCGUCCCCAGAGGUGGAGUACUCGCCCUUCUUUCCCAUGUCUCCCAUACAUCACGACGAGUACGACAUCGCCCACCCCCCGCCCGUCGUGCCGUUCACUCCUGGGUUUGUGUGGAACGGCGUGCCGAUUGAGGAUGGGCGUCCGGUCCCCCCUAUGUCGGUGUUCCCCACUCUGGAUGACGGAUUCUGGUCCUACGACGGGUACGGACUCGGUAUCAUGCGGUCGCCGACCUCUCCCGAAACUCCAGGCCGGCAAUACUGGCGUACCCGCCCGUGUCUGUAUUGGGCCAAGAGCGGGGGCCGCGAGUGUCCGCACGGCGAGACAUGUUGCUUCCAGCACAUCCUCCCCCACCGCAUCCGCCGCUCCCCCUCAACGAAACCCAACACCAAGACUGUGCCUUGCAAGUUUUUCAACACCGCCGAAGGCUGUACCCGCGCCGACGCCAAGUGUCCUUUCGCGCACGUCAGAAUCCUCCCCGACGGCCAGAACCUCCCCAAGCCAGUUCCGUUCCGUACCCGCCCAUGCCGCCACUUCCAGGCUGGGAGAUGUGCGAUGGGCGCUUCGUGCCACUUUGCGCACGUCCUAGACCCGACGGCGGCUCAAGGGACCAAAGCGCCUCCAGCGACCCCAGCGACGUCGAGCACGCCGUUCAUGGCGGACAUAGUGCGGCGUAUUGUUGCGGCGCGGGUGGGCGGGGUUGAGGAAGAGGGUGGUGGAGAAGGUUGGGUUGGAGAGAAUGGAGGAGAGGGGGAGGUGGAAGGUGAAAAGGAACGUUCUAAUAGCGCGCCAGCGACCAGCGCAAACUACGCUACCCUCGUCGAGGCCGCGUUCUGUCCCGACUGGCACGCGACGGGCCAGUGUUCACGUGAAUGGUGUACCGCGCUACACGAGUCUUCGGGACUUACGGAGAGCGCGUUGGCUGCUGCGUGCGAGGUGCUGCGCGUAAAAGCGAGCGAGCAGAGUAGUGCCAUCGAGAGUGAUGAUGACGAUGAUGACGAGCUCGAGAUCGUCACGGCCCAUAGUGGGCCUAGUACGCGGUCGAGCCGGAGUGUGUAG